AGCUAUGACGUUUAUUUCUCUAACCAUGUCCAAGUCGGAGAUGGAAGUUCGCACUGUACCGGAACAAUUUGAAAGCGAAACGCGCUCUCGUGUAAGCGUCUAUCCCAACUUGCUGACUCUUCAAGAAGUCCAACACAUGGUAAAACAUUCGCUAGGAAGCGACGCAAAGGUACACAAGUUUUCGUUGCAACCGUACGCGGGUGGACAGAUCGGAUUUUUAGGAACGCACCAACGGCUAAGCGUAGAAAUUGAAACCAGAAAUGGAAAAGAAACGUUGUCUUUCUUCGUGAAAGGUGUACCUUACGAUGUACCGAUCCACGCUGAAUACGUGCUCGAGAAAUCUGUUUUCCCAAAGGAAAUGGCAUUCUAUCGUGACAUACUUCCGAAACUUCAUCGCGAAUACAACGACCAACCAUGGACUGCAACGUGUCACUUGAUCAAGGAACAUUUACUAGUCUUCGAAGAUUUAGGGGCCAAGGGUUUCAGGACGAGGAACAAAUUGUUUACCAAGGAACUCGUGAUCUCUGGCCUAACGAGUAUCGCAAGACUGCACGCGUCGUCUCUCGCGGCAGAAGCGCGUCUUGGACGAACUUUUAUAGAGAUGUAUCCCGAUGCUUUUAUAAGCAACGCUUUCUGCGAAACUGGCAGGACUCGUAUAUGGUUCGAAGUCGGCGUCAAUGCCAUGGUUGCCGUUGCUGGACAUCUUGGUCUCGAUGGUAGCUUAAUACCGAAGGUCUGCGACCAAGUAUACCGAGCCAUGGAAAUGUCAUCUACAAAGAGGAACGUGAUCAGUCACGGAGACUUAUGGGGAAACAAUCUCAUGUUCAAUGACGAUGUACCUCCAAAGUGUUUGCUGGUUGACUUUCAAUUGCUGAGGUACUCGCCCUUGGCGCACGACGUCGCACAGCUUCUGUAUCUCUGCACCGACCGCAGUUUUAGAGAAACUUCGGAAGAGACUAUGUUGAAGCAUUAUUACAGUGUUUUGUGUGAAACCUUGAAUUCAAUGAAAUCAACCUCUGUAGAGCUUCCGCCGUGGUCGGAGUUAGUUCAAGGGAUGGAAGAACAACGUUUAGGUGCUGCGAUCACUGCAGCUGCGUAUUACCAAACUGUGUUGCUGGAUGAGGACUUGGGCGCCCAGAUCAUGAACAAGCCUGACAGUUACAACGAAUAUGUCUUUAAAAACAGAGACAAUAUAGUAAUCGAGGCCAUGAAAAAUGAUCCCGCGUACAAUAAAAGAAUAAGUGAAUCCGUUGCCGAAUUGGUAGAGCUUAGUUUUCGAUUCGAAGAGUUACCGAAACCAACGUGAUGUUUGCGAGUACCGAUAGCGCUUUUAUUGCCGAGAAAUAAUUUACCGUUCUAGAAUGUUGUUAUGUGCGUAGAAUAUUUCUAUAGAAAUGUAAACGUUUUUUAAACACUACCUUUCCUUGUAUUUGUAUUCAUAAAUAUAUUAAUAAAGAUUUUUGAAUGAAUGGUCUAUAUGGAAAAA